UGUCACUCCGCAGUAGUGGUUAAGAGGUGCUCGCGGAGCACGAGGCUGCUCUAAGGUGGUGUAGAUUGUUUUUCUCGGUUGUUUGGCGAGCCACCGCGAUGGCGACCGAGGCGCCGAGUGUGGAGGGCGCGAGCACGGCCGCAGCACCUAUGUCAGGGCCCGACAGCUCUGGUGAGUGGCCAGGUGUCGAAGGGGGAGAUGGCGGAGCUGGCGAAGAGGACGCAGCCACGAAAGAAGCGGAGGCCGUUGGGGAAAGCGAGGAGGACGGAGAGGAUGUGUUCGAGGUGGAGAAGAUUCUAGACAUGAAGACCGAGGCGGGUAAGAUCCUUUAUAAAGUUCGAUGGAAGGGAUAUACAUCAGAUGAUGACACCUGGGAACCUGAGAUUCACCUGGAGGACUGUAAAGAAGUUCUUCUUGAAUUUAAGAAGGAAGUUUCAGAGAACAAGGCUAAAGCAUUCAAAAAGGAUAUUCAGAGAUUGUCUUUAAAUAGCGACAUAUUUGAAGCAAAUUCUGAUAGUGAUCAGCAAAGUGAAACAAAAGAAGAUUCUUCCCCAAGGAGGAAGAAAAAGAAAUUAAGGUCCAAAGAAGAUAAAAGCCCGGAUGGUCUGAAAAAGAGAAAAACAAAGACUGGCAAACUGAGAGUGAAAUCAGAGCUGGGGAGUGCCGCUGAAAGUUCAGUUUUAGAUUUAAGGACAAAGAAAAGAACUUUGGAAGCCAAAGAAGAAUUAAAGGACUCCAAAAAGACCAGAAAAGAUGAAAUAAAAGAAACUAAGGAAUUAAGAAAAGGUAAAAAGGCAGAUGUAAGAGAUGUAAAGAAUAAAGUAAAAGAAGAUCCCAAAGACAACAGAAAAACAAAAAAAGAGAAGUGUGUUGACAGUCAGCUGGAAUCUGAAUCAAGUACACUUACUGAGGAUGAUAAGGAAGAGUUUCCUCCAGACAACAGAGAAGAGAAACAAACACUAAAAAGUACAAAAGAUAGAGUAGAGCAGGAUGCAAAUCAAGAUGGUGUUUUUGAGAAACAACUGAAUGACAGUGUCAGUGCGGAUGAAGAUGAUAAUGGCAAAGGCAAGAGGAAAAAAAAGAAACUGAAAAAGGCUGAGGAAGUGAAAGAGAUCAUAAUGUUAGAAAACAAGAAGACCUUUGCAGAGAAGAAAACUGUGCCUAAAAAGCAGAGGAAUCAGGGAAUCAAGCCAAGUGACAUAGAAUUAGAUAAAUUAAUGCCAUAUUUGUCUGCCCAAACACAGAAGACUUCUAGAUCUGCUGGUGAAGACAAGAUCCUCCAGCCAUCUGACUCAGUAGAGGAGGAAAAAGAGGCCCCAAAAAAUGACCUCAAAGAAAAAUCUCAGAAAAAAACGGAUUUAGACAAGGAAGAAAAAGGUCAGGAAGAGCCGAAGGGAUUAAGGACACUAGCAAUUAAGGAAAUCAAAAGUGCAUUUGAUUUGCUUAAAAAAACUACAGAAGAAAAAAAUGAUGUGCCUGAAAUUAAUCAGAAAAAAGAAGUGUCACUGGAUUGUAAAACCACAGAAGAUUGUAAAAUGAAGGAAGGCAAGUAUUCACCUAAUGAAAAGAAAAAUACCAGAGAUGAAACUGACACUUGGGCGUACAUUGCUGCAGAAGGUGAUGAGGAAGUUUUGGACAGUGUAUGCCAAAUGGAUGGGAAUUCAGAUGGUAGGCACCAGAUCUUAAGUUUGGGCAUGGAUCUGCAGCUGGAGUGGAUGAAACUAGAAGAUUUUCAAAAGCACCUUGAUGGGGAAGAUGAGACUUUUACCACAGUGAAUGUAAUUCCAAAUAAUUUGUUGAGGGAUGCUGUGAAAAAUGGGGAUUAUAUUACUGUAAAGGUUGCACUCAACUCAGAUGAAGAUUAUGAUUUGGACCAAGAGGAUUCCAGUGGGAUGACACUGGUGAUGCUUGCUGCAGCAGGAGGACAGGAUGACCUCCUGAGGCUCCUCAUCACUAAAGGGGCCAAAGUAAACGGACAGCAGAAGAAUGGCACCACAGCCCUCAUCCACGCCGCCGAAAAGAACUUUUUAACCACUGUGGCUAUUCUUUUGGAAGCGGGAGCCUUUGUAAAUGUUCAGCAGAGCAAUGGCGAGACUGCACUUAUGAAGGUAAGUUCUUUAGUCUCAGCAACUGUUUCAGUUGGUGCCUACCAAUAUCGGACCCUGGGAUUUCCUGAGGAAAGCCAGGUGUCAGAGUCCACUGCUCAUGGGCUCUCCAGAGUGGCUGAAGAGACAAUCAAAGAUUACUUUGAAGCUCGCCUUGCUCUGUUGGAACCUGUUUUCCCAAUAGCAUGUCAUCGCCUCUGUGAGGGGCCAGAUUUCUCAACAGAUUUCAAUUACAACCCCCCACAGAAUAUACCAGAAGGCUCUGGCAUCCUGCUCUUUAUUUUCCAUGCGAAUUUUUUGGGUAAAGAAGUUAUUGCUCGGCUCUGUGGCCCAUGCAGUGUACAAGCAGUAGUUUUAAAUAAUAUAUUUCAACUUCCUGUUUUUCUGGAUAGUCAUUUUGUUUACUCAUUCAGCCCCAUUGCAGGUCCUAAUAAACUCUUUAUAAGAUUGACAGAAGCACCCUUUACUAAGGUUAAGUUGCUGAUAGGUGCAUACAGAGUGCAGCUGCAGUGACCCCAGGAUCAUGAUGAACUCUUUUCAGAUGAAUUCCUAAAUACUCUCUUUAAUGCAGUUUGGAAUUCUGGCACAUCUAAAAGUUUCAAAUGUAAAUUUUCACCUGCAAGCCUUUUCCGUCAUGUGUUAUAGUCUGUAAGGUGCAAUAUGGUAGCUCUAACAUAAGUAAAAUCUAGAUGUCAUUAUUUGUAAUCAGAAGUUUCAGCAUUGAAUCCAGACUGCAUAUUUCAAUUUUUCCACCAUGUGGAAUGGCAUAUAUAGGACUAUUUAAGACAAUUAAAGAAGACUUUUUAACUUGAAAUUUUCUACUAGCCCUUGGGACUUUUGUUAAAUUCAGGUGCUUACAGCAAGAGGGUGAGGAGGCCUCCUGUUGGAAUGAAGUUGAAUUUGAUGGCCUUGAAAUUUCAAGGAGUGACCAGGUGACUGACACCCACCAAGGGGGAGACACCUUUAUAAUGCCCAGUUGCUGGUUAUCUUUUCAGAAGAGAACAAGGUCAAAAGACCCAGCAAGUGAUCCAAGACAUUGUGAGGCUAAUGAGGGACUAUUGUGAAGUCUUUGCUGUAUGGGCAGCUCCUGUGCCUUUUUUUGACAGUGAUUAGGAAAUGCUGGCCUUGGGUCCCAGCUAAGCCUUCUGCUGCAUCCGUUGGAACACAGUGCCUUGCGAAUGAAAACGCUGCUGCCUCACAUUGACAUCCUCUUACUAAAUAUUUAUCAAGCGAUCCAAAGAUCUCAGCCUCCUUAGUAACUAGGAUUAUAGGCCUGAGCUAUCAACACCUGGCUGGCUACAGAGUGUUUCUGAAGCAGAACCUGGGUGUGAGUGAGGUUGGUGCACAGACUGAAGGAGGUGAAAGUGGGCCUGGUUUUU